GCGGCGGCGGCGGCGCAGCGCAGCGCGGGGGCCGCGGCGGCGGCCAUGGCGUUCACGCUGUACUCGCUGCUGCAGGCCGCGCUGCUCUUCGUCAACGCCAUCGCCGUGCUGCACGAGGAGCGCUUCCUCCGCCACGUUGGCUGGGGAAGCGAUCAAGGGAUCGGAGGAUUUGGAGAAGAACCAGGAAUUAAAGCGCAGCUAAUGAACCUGAUUCGAUCUGUACGAACCGUUAUGAGAGUGCCAUUAAUAGCAGUAAACUCCGUUACAAUUGUGCUGCUCCUGUUGUUUGGCUGAAGAUGAUCUGUUGCAAAAGCUUUUGGACAUCCAAAGAGGAAAGUUGCCAACCAUCACUGCUUUGAGUUUUCUGGGAUCCAACAUGGUUUAGCUGUCAAUUUGACACUCAACUUAUAAUAAUAAAGACACUCUUUCUAUUUAUCUUAUUAUCUAAUGUUCGCUUGCAGUUUCAUUAAACAAAAGAAUGGGAUCAGUGCAACAAUGCUGUAAAUAUAUUGGACUCCAACAAGUUACUGCUGCCUGUUAAUAGCACUGACCGUUACAGUGUAUGUGGUAACAUGCUGCAAUGAUUGUCAAUAGGAUGUGGUUUUUAAUUGUCUUGUCACUCAGGGAUGGAUUUCCUUCAGUACACUCCUGAUUUGUUUUUAAACUAAAAAAUCCAGUGUUUAUUAUUUCGUAGUUACUAUCAUGGUACUAUUUAAUAGAGCAUGAAUUUGGCUCUAGAAAUAUUAUAAACUAUUGAAAAUACCAUUGUGAUUUUGAGGAGGCUAAAGUUAGAUGGGGGAAAAAAAUGUUUCAGUUCAUAAGUGGAAUUUUCCUGGCUAGGUUGAGUCCAGGAUUUUUUUUCUUGGUGUUUGAUAGCUCUCUCAGAUCAAUGAUGUUUGAUGCUAAUGGCAAAGUAAGUUGAAAAUAGGUGCAACAGCUAUGCAAAUCUCAGAGCCAUACCUAAACGGUGGCAACUCAGUGUUAAUUUAGACUAGCAAGUGAUCUUAGUAACUAGUAUUUGUUACUGUUCUUUCAAGGAUUAUUAUUACUUUUUUUGAGCUGUGUUGAACUUUUGUGUAGCACUUUGUGUGUUAGAAGUGGGGAACCAUUUGUAUUCUGAGCUUUUGGAGUAAUAUUGCACCCUUUUCAAAUGCCAUUCUUUUUCUAAACAAUAAAUUUGCAACAUCCA